UCCCGCUGCUGCCUCCCACCUUCUCCUCCUGGCUGGUAGAGCUUUGUCCGCCAUCUGCCCACCUCCUUGCCGCCGCCAUUAUUUCUUCCUGCCUCCUUUUCCUGGCCGGCGGGUUUUGCCUGCCAGUCCUCCACCUCUGCAUCCUGACCACCGCCAUUAUUUCUCUCCACUUCAAUGCUGGAACUCCUGCACUCUCUAGAGCAUCUGCGCGUUAGUACUUGAUUGCUCCCCUCACCUCAGCGAUCUCCCCACCCUCACCUGGUCUGCACUCCUGCGCCUCCUCCAUCCCGUUGCUUCCAUCCCCCUCACCCUUCUUGGUCAUAGCUGCAGCAUUGCUGCCACCUAUUUGCCAAGCAGCCCCCUAUCCCGAGACCUCCCCACCCUCAUCCGAGCCCCACUUCUGCUCCUCCCCUCAGCAGGAGCAGCAGUGGUUAAAUGGGCCGUUCCUCUCUGCUGCCACCACCAUGGCCGCUCAUUCCCCUCAGGCCGCUGACAGGCCCAGGCCUGUCCCUUGCCUGCCUCCCUCCCUCUGGCAAUGGCCUCAGUAGCCCCAAACAACAGCAGUGGUUGACUGGGCCCUUCCUUGCUGCUAGUGCUACCAUGGCCGCUCAUUCCCUUCAGGCUGCUGACAGGCUCAGGCUUGUCCCUUGCCCUUCCUUCUCUCUCUUCCCCCUCCCUUCUUUUUCUCUUUCUCUCUCCAUCCUGGAGAAUUAAUAAUAUAGAUAGGUUAAUAAGCAAGAGAAGUACAAGGAAUUAUAACAAGUGUCACAACAGAGAACAGCAGUUUAGAUAUCAAGUUUUCCUGAGAGAGAAAGAUGACUGCCCUCGGUGGCUCAAGAGUAGCCGCCAGGAACUAUGUUUUAAUUCGAUUAACAUCUCUGGCCAGUUGGGGAAAGUGCAUUAAUCCUUACAAGUUUUCCAAUGAAACCUUGGGUGGACACCAGCAUCAAGUGACUAAGUGCCAACAAUGGAAUAAAAGCAGCAGUACCAGAUAUUUUGUGACUGGAAGUUCCGUCUUAUGCAGAAACUGCAUUAAUAAAAGCCAAGGGUGGUUUUUAAAUCCUAAGAAAGCAGGAGAAUACAAUGUUGUGCGAAACUUCUCCAGCAGGCCUUCUACUUUCUCUGAGCAAAAGAUGAGAGGCAAAGAGGCACUCCUUGGGACAUUUUCUUCUCAGAAAAUACGAAACUUUGCCUCUAUCCAUAGUGUCCAGAUCUUCAGGCUUUUUCAUGGGUCAUCACCGUUGAAUGCUGCUCCAGUUCCCAUCUUGUUGAUGAUUUUGAAGCCAGCUCAGAAGCUCCUUGCAAUCAUUCUUGGGAGGAGCAUAAGAAAAUGGUGGAGUGCACUCCCUCCAAACAAGAGGGAGCUAUUUAAAGAAUCUGUAAGAAGAAAUAAAUGGAAGAUAGUCCUGGGUCUGUGUAGCUUGGGAGUUAUAUUUAUCAUGUUUUAUUUUACCCACUUGGAGGAGACGCCAAUCACUGGACGUGCUCGUCUUCUGGUAUUUGGGAAGGAGCAUUUUGCUGAGUUGUCCCAGUUUGAAUAUAACAUGUGGGUAGAGGAAUUUAAAGAUAAAAUGUUACCUGAAACGGACCCCCGAUAUCAGGUGGUGGAAAAGGCUGUUCUUCACUUAGCUGAAAGCAACAAAGAUCUUCCGCAGGUCUCAGAAUUCAAAUGGACUAUCCAUGUGGUGGAAGAACCAGGCAUUAAUGCUUUUGUACUUCCAAAUGGACAAGUAUUUGUUUUUACUGGUUUGCUGACUGCUGUGUCAGAUCUCAAUCAAUUGUCUUUCAUUUUGGGACAUGAAAUUGCUCAUGCUGUUCUGGGACAUGCCGCAGAGAAGGCAAGCCUGGUACAUUUCUUGGAUUUCCUGUCGCUCAUUAUUCUCACAAUGAUUUGGGCAGCCUGUCCUCGAGACUCUUUAGCAAUCUUAGGCCAGUGGAUCCAGGCAAGAUUUCAGGAGUUGCUGUUUGAUAGGCCAUAUAACAGAACACUGGAAGCCGAAGCUGACAAAGUUGGACUUCAGUUUGCUGCUAAGGCUUGUAUGGAUGUAAGAGCAAGUACUGUAUUCUGGCAGCAAAUGGAGCUGGCUGAAACUAUUCAAGGGCAUCCCAAAGUACCACAGUGGCUCUCCACACAUCCCUCUCAUGAGAAUCGAGCUGAGCAUUUGGACAGGCUUAUACCAGAGGCACUUAAAAUAAGAGAGCGUUGCAACUGCCCUGCUUUGUCUGGUCAGGACCCACGUCUGAUUUUCAAACUGAGCAUGCAGCAUCUCCUGCAAGUUUCUAAAGAUGAGGAAGUCCCAAAUGUUGCCCAUCAUGAUCUUCACAAAGUACAAGUGAAUCCUCUUUUCAUUAAUGAGGAAAAGAGGCCUGGAAAUAUCGGGACUGAAAAAGGAUGGUCAAGGUGAAGGCAGCAGUACUUCUGCAUUAAUCUUCAUCCAGAUGUUAAUUGCACAGUAUAUAUUAUCCUUCAAACUUGUUAGGGAUUUUGAAAUGGCGAAAUGGACAGACAGCUCUAAAUAAUGGCCCCAAUCCUGCGACUGUGAUGUACAUCUGGAACUCAGCUCAUAUGUAGAUUUUCAGAAGAAUGCAGUUAAGGAAACUGUUAUCUUCAUCUGAGAACACAGGAAACCCUUGCUUGCAUGGCGAACUGGGUAACAAUCUGUUUAAUGAGAGGCUACAAUCAGAGAGAGAGAUGUUAGGGUAUUGUCAGUUUGACUCUCAGAAUUAAUUCAGCAGCAGAUACCUUUCCAACAUGUUAUAGUGUCCCACUUUUGUUUCAAAAGAAGGUCUCAAAGGGACUUUCAGUUCAACAUUGUGUGUGUAUGUUGGCGGGGGAAGAGAUAAGGGGAAGUAUUCUAAGUAUUUACAUUUUCUGUUGCUUAAAUGUGUGUGCAUGACCUGUUCUUGCAAUGCAGUUUUCAACUUUACCAGUACAUUCAUGUUCAAACUGUAUCUGCCCCUUUAGUGCAGGUAAUAAGAGAGUCUUCCUUACAUUAUCCAUUUGAGUGUGCUGCAAGUUCAGUUAUCUGUGUCCAAACUUUAUUCAGGAAAUAAGAAUGCAGUGCCUUUUACAAGAUGCAAUAAACUGACCAGUGGGCUGGUCAAAAUUCCACCUAAUGUGUUGACUUGCUGCUGGGAUUUUCUUUUUUGUACUUUCACAGAGACAGUCAACACUUCACUUCAAAGCAAUUCCAAAGUACUGCACAGUUAACCUUGCACUGAAAACAUGUUUGUAAGGUACAAAGUGAAAUUAAGCUAGUUAAAAUUUGACAUGCAGAACUAAGGCAUAUGUUAAAUUGUUUGUCAGCAUUUUUACCUCUUGAGAGGCCAAAUUGGUUAAAGUAGCAUUUAUUUGGACUGCUUGGAUGCCAGAGCCUAGUGCUCCAGGCAUAACUAGAUCUGGUCUACAAGUGCUGUGAAGCUGCCAUGGGCUAUGACUCUGCACAGUCCAGAGACAGAGUUAUGCUACUAUAAGUGUGUUGAGGCAUACGUUUUGGAUGUUCCUGAUUUGAACCAGAUGUUGCAAGCCAUUCUUUGUUCCAUGUUGCCUUUGCAAAAUUCUGGUUUUUACCAUAAAGGUCUGCUCAUCUGAAUAAGCCUGCAGUCAUGUCAGUCACUGUGGGGUUGGUCAGCAGAAAGUAGUUCUUGCUAUUUUUAUCUUAUCCAGGGAGUGAGUGAUUGUUGGAACACAUCUCCCAUUUCAGAACAUUUGCUUCCAUAAAACAGAAAUCCUUGUCUCCAUGUAGCCCUGAAGGACACAUGUAACAGCAAAGAGAGGACUCUGUGUUUCUACUGGAGGAAACGGAAGAAAGCUGGUCUUGUGGUGGCAAACAUUACUUGUCCCCUUAGCUAAGCAGAGUCUGCCCUGGUUGUAUUUGAAUGGGAGACUACAUGUGAGCACUGUAAGAUAUUCCCCUGAGGGGAUGGAGCUGCUCUGGAAAGAGCAUCUAGGUUCCAUGUUCUUUACCUGGCAUUUCCAAGAUAGGGGACACCAGUCCAGGGUAUUUAUUCAUGAAGAAGCCUCCUUCUUCAUGAACCCUAUCACCUAUUAAGAUCAUUGGGGGAGGUCCGGUUGCGGUUGCCAUCAGCUCACUCAGUAGUGAUCCAAAACUGGACCAUCUCUUGGGUUGCCCUGAGGUUUUGGAACACCCCCCCAAAUGAAAUCAGAAUCUCCCAUCUCUGGUUGUUUUUGAAUGAUUUUUGAAAACAAACCCGUUUAUCAGGCUUUUAGUGUAUGCUGUUUUAAAGUUUUAUUUAUGAUAAUUUUAAUCUGUUUAUAUGAUUUUUAGGUUUUGGUUUGAUUAGAUUAUAAACUGCCCUGAGAUUUUAUAUAGGGCGGUAUAUAAAUGCAACAAAUAAUAAACAAUGGGGUGUUUUGAGUUUCCCCAUUGUUCCCUAUGGCCGAAACACUCAAAAUAUUCCGAGCUGUUUCUUUGAAACAGCUGGCUUGGCCGCUGUUUUGACAAAAUAUUUUGACUGUUUUGUUUUUCAUUUUGAGCUCUAAACAGAACACAAAAUCAGUUUCGUGCACAUUCCUAUUUUAAAACUAUUGUUAAAAUUGUUACAAAUUACACACGAUGCAAAACUCCUAGAGCUAAUGUUUGUGAUGAUAGCAUUGCUACUGCAUUUGUCUGGAUUACUGAACAAGCCACACUCUGACAACAAAAUGUAUUCUGCAACUUUCCAAAUAUUGUCCAUCUAGAUAUUUUACCCAAAUCAGAAGUCUGCCAAUAUCAUGUAUUGUUCCUGCAGGAUAAUUGCAAAUCCUUUGAACAAUGCAAUCUCUGCCUCCUCAAGCUUCUCAGUUGUGUCAGAUUUGUCCAUCUUCAACAUCAAGUGAAAUAACUGAUGAAUGUUUUAAAAUAUAAACGUACAGUUGAACACACUUGUGAAAGAGCUGAGAAGCUUAUUUUAAUUCAUGCAGACUUUUUAUUUUCUGAAGUCUAUGGAAUUCAAAGUGAAAGUUCAGAACUGGAAGCUGUGAAUCUUUUAAGCAGUGAUUAAAGAAAUAAACUUGAGUUAUGCUAGUAUUUUAAAGGCUAUACCUAUAUAAUGAGAAUGGAGACAUAUAAAUUAAUACUAAUUUUGUCUACAGUUACUUUGACAUGUGCAUGUUUACUCCUAUCCUUUACUCAGAAACAAGUCCCACUGAGAUCCAGUGAACCAGUGAAUCCUCGAUAUUUGCCCAUUGGACUGCAGUCUUCCUAAGUAUAAUGUACAGAUAGCCAAAUUGAUUGCCACUUAUAUCAUCUGUUUGUUUUCUGAGCCUUUCCUCUAAAAAUACAAAUUUAUUCUGUUUUUGCAUAAAUUUCUAAGCCAAGAUAAUAAAACCUACAUUUGUUUGUUA